UCCUUCGCUCCUAUAAACGGCUCCAUCCGAUCCCUUCCUCCUUUCAUUAUUGUCGUUGGAGUCGGUGCCUGCGGCGGGCAGAGAUGUCUCUGAGGCCGAGCGAGCGGGUGGAGGUCCGGCGAAACAGGUACAAGGUCGCCGUCGAUGCGGAGGAGGGACGACGGCGGAGAGAGGACAACAUGGUGGAGAUCCGCAAGAACCGUCGGGAGGAAAGCCUCCAGAAGAAGCGGCGGGAGGGGAUGCAGGCGCAGCCAUUUCCGCAGCCGAUCCACGCCUCCGCCGUCGAGAAGAAGUUAGAAAGCCUUCCGGCUAUGGUGUCGGGUGUUUAUUCGGAUGAUAGAACUCUGCAGUUGGAAGCAACCACACAAUUCCGUAAAUUGCUUUCUAUAGAAAGAAACCCUCCAAUCGAGGAGGUUAUUCAAUCAGGGGUGGUUCCUCGAUUUGUGGAAUUCCUUACUAGGGAGGAUUAUCCGCAACUUCAGUUUGAAGCUGCUUGGGCCCUCACCAACAUUGCCUCAGGUACCUCAGAGCACACUAAAGUUGUGAUAGAUCAUGGGGCCGUUCCAAUUUUUGUGAAGCUUCUCAGUUCCCCUAGUGAUGAUGUCAGGGAGCAGGCAGUGUGGGCUUUAGGGAAUGUUGCUGGUGACUCUCCAAGAUGUCGAGAUCUUGUCCUUGCUAGUGGCGCAUUGAUCCCCCUUCUGCUGCAGCUAAAUGAGCAUUCCAAGCUAUCCAUGUUGAGGAAUGCCACUUGGACCCUCUCAAAUUUCUGCAGGGGCAAGCCACAACCAGCAUUUGAGCAGGUUAAGCCUGCUCUUCCAGCACUCGAGCGGCUUAUUCAUUCAAAUGAUGAGGAAGUUCUAACUGAUGCAUGCUGGGCGCUUUCAUAUUUGUCAGAUGGUACCAAUGACAAAAUACAAGCUGUGAUUGAAGCAGGUGUUUGUGCUCGCCUUGUUGAGCUUCUUAUGCAUCCUUCACCUUCUGUGCUUAUUCCAGCCCUUCGUACUGUUGGUAAUAUUGUCACUGGAGAUGAUAUGCAAACACAGUAUGUAAUAGAUCACCAAGCACUUCCUUGUCUGUUGAACCUCUUGACCCACAAUCAUAAGAAAAGCAUCAAGAAGGAAGCUUGCUGGACCAUCUCAAAUAUCACAGCUGGAAACAAGGAACAAAUUCAGGCUGUGAUUGCUGCUGGUAUCAUUGGUCCUUUAGUGCAUCUGCUGCAGACUGCAGAAUUCGAGAUAAAGAAAGAAGCUGCAUGGGCCAUUUCAAAUGCUACUUCCGGUGGUACACAUGAACAAAUAAAGUAUCUAGUUUCCCAGGGCUGCAUCAAGCCCCUGUGUGACCUCCUUCUCUGCCCUGAUCCAAGGAUCAUUACCGUGUGUCUGGAAGGGCUUGAGAAUAUCCUGAAGGUCGGUGAGGCAGAGAAGAACCUCGGAGUUACUGAAGGCACUAAUCCAUAUGCCCAGCUGAUUGAGGACGCCGAGGGCUUAGAUAAAAUUGAGAAUUUUCAGAGCCAUGACAACACUGAGAUAUAUGAGAAAUCUGUUAAGAUUCUUGAAACAUAUUGGUUGGAAGAGGAAGAUGAUGCAAUGCCAGGCGAUACUACUCAAACAGGAUUCGACUUUGGCAACAAUGACCAGUCAGUUCCUUCUGGUGGAUUCAACUUUGGCUGAAAGGUAGAUAGCUAAUCUUCUGGUGAGACUUGCUGAAAGACUAUUGACAUUUUCAUAUUGAAGAAGGCUAUUAUGUUUAAAUUGUGGGGUCUCCUAUGAGGAAUGGGUGGACUGUGCCCGGCUCAGGGCUAUGGUUUUGCUUAAAAGUCAGUUUGUGCGAUGUGGCUACGUUGUUAGUUGGGUCUCGUUGGUCAAAUCGGGUGUCCAUGGAGGGACCGACGGUCGAGUUUACUUAAGAUGCCAUGUUUUGGUUCUCUGCAGAUUUAUAUGAUUUCUUGUUAUCAGUUUAUGUAUGUCAGGGAGGAAGACAUGAUUUUUUAUUUCAGAGGUUUUUUUUUUAAUAUCUCAUAUCAGUUUAUUUAUAAGGAUGCCA